AUGGGCAGAGCCGCAGAGGUGGUGAAUUUUGCUAAUUGUAUUGAGGAAGGUGGGUUGAUUGAAUUACCCUAUCAAGGGAGCAGAUAUACUUUGAGUGAUAAGUAUGAGCAUCGAAUCUUAUCUAAAAUAGACUGGACAUUUAUCAAUGGAGCUUGGUUGGAUGUGUUGCCCUCUAGUAAGACCAUUUUCUUAUUGGAAGGGAUUAGUGAUCACUGUCCAACUAAGGUAAUCAUGGCUGAAGACAGGUCCAAUCAUGUGAAAUCAUUCAUAUAUUGCAAUAAUUUGAAUCAACAUCCCCACUUUACAAGGUUGAUAGAAGAAGGAUGGUUGGUGCAAGUUAAAGGGUACAAAAUGUUCCAGAUAGUUAAGAAACUGAAAUUGCUCAAGAUGAAGUUAAAAAAGCUAAAUAAGGACCAUUCCAGUAAUAUAGUAGCAGAGGCAAAAGAGGAUAGAAAGUCUUUGCACCAGGCUCGGGUACUAUUACAUACAAGACCUUUAGAUAUUGAACUUCAAGCAAUUGAAAAGGAGAAGUAUCUGAAAUUCAAAACAUCUUCUUACUUAGCAGAAGUGUAUUUACAACAAAAGAGUAAAGCCACUUGGCUACAAUUGGGAGAUGAUAAUACUAGCUACUUUCACUCUAUUAUAAAACACGGAAAACUGAAGCAAGCAAUAAUUCAUAUCAAGAAUGACCAAGGUGGGCUAAACACUAACCAAGACAGUAUAGCUCGGGAGUUCACAGAGGAAGAAGUCAAAGAAACCAUGUUUAGUAUUGGCAAAAACAAAAGUCCUGUGCCAGAUGAAUAUGGAAGUGGAUUAUAUAAAGCAACUUGGAGUAUUGUGGGAAAAGAUGUCAUUGAAGUUGUUCUUGAAUUUUUUCAUAAUGGGAAGAUGAUUCGACAGAUCAAUGCCACAAACAUUGCCCUUAUUCCAAAAAGUGAUCAUCCGAAAAGUGCAAGUCAGUAUAGACCUAUAGCUUGCUGUAAUGUGUUAUACAAGUGCAUCUCAAAAAUAUUGUGCAGGAGACUCAAAGAAGCAAUGAGUCAUAUAGUUACAGAUAAUCAAUCUACAUUUGUUCAAGGAAGGUCUAUGAUCCAUAAUAUCCUAAUAUGUCAUGAUCUCCUCAGACACUACAAUCGGAAAACCUCACCAAGAUGUCUUAUGAAAAUAGAUCUCAGGAAAGCAUAUGACAUGGUAAGUUGGGAAUUUUUGGAGGAAGCUUUGAGGGGGUAUGGAUUUCCUGAGAAAUUCAUCAGGUUGGUCAUGACAUGUGUAUCCACCCCAAAGUUCACUAUCAAAAUUAAUGGAGAAAGCCAAGGUUAUUUUGAUGGUCAGAGAGGGCUCAGACAAGCAGAUCAUGUACCUCAUCUAUUAUUUGUGUUUGUAAUGGAAUAUUUAACUAGAGUCCUCAAUUGCAUGAGUUUGCUACCAGACAAAUAUCAUCCAAUGUGUAAAUCUCUAAAACUUACUCGUCUGAUCUUUGCGAAUGACCUGAUGGUAUUUUGUAAAGGGGAUGAAGACUCAGUCAACAAAGCUCUAGAGGCUUUAAACCAUUUUAGUGUUGCUACAAGACUUAUUGCUAACAUGGAUAAGUCACAUAUGUUUGUUGCUGAUGUGCCUGAUCAAGUUAAAGCUCAACUGUUGGAUAAGAUUGGAUUUGCCAAGAGGACUUUUCCUAUUAGAUACUUAGGAUUACCAUUGUCAUAUAAGAAAUGGAGUAAGCUUGAAUGUCAACAGUUGAUCAACAAGAUUACAAGCCGGAUAACAACUACUUAUGUAAGACAAUUAUCAUAUGCUGGAGGGCUGCAUGUACUUAAUGUUGUCCUAAAAAAAUCGAAAAAAAUGGCAGUUAACGAUGUCACCAUCACACACAAUGUUGAUGCACACGAAAAUGUGCCUCAACACGAGGAUUCAAUUAGUGACACCUGCAACGAGGGAGAGAAGCAACUCCGGUCCAUGGCGGGAAAUAUCCCUGACAUGUGUGGGAAACAGCUCCUGAUGAUGCCGAGGACGAGCAUGUUGCGAAAAUAG